GACCGAAAGCGAAUCGAACCUCCCGGCCACGUCAAUCAUUAGAGCAAUUGGGAGAGGGAACCAGAAGUGGGUGGGGCUGGAGGAGCGUGUAAUUCGAUCCCACAAUUCCGUCCCCGGAAGUCGGGGUGCGGGUUCGGCCGCGGGCUCGGAGCAGCCCCGGCCUGCAUGGCAGCAGUGGUUCUGGGGGAAGAUAAGAUGGGUCCUGAGCGGAUCUUCCCAAACCAGAAUGAGGAUCUGGGGCAGCAUCAGGGCCCCACAGACGGCACAGGUGACUGGAGCAGUGAGGAACCCGAGGAAGAACCUGAAGACCUGGGGUCAGGCCCAACGGACUAUUCCUACCAGCCUCUGAACCAGGACCCUGAGCAGGAAGAAGUAGAGCUGGCCCCAGUGGAAGGUAUUGAAGACGCUGUCACUGACAUUCAGGAGCGUAUCCAGGCCCUGGGGCUGCACCUGCCUGACCCUCCUGUGGAGAGUGAGGAUGAGGAAGAGGAGGGAGCCGUAGCACUGAGCAGCAGAAGCUCCAUACCCAUGGACCCAGAACAUGUAGAGCUGGUGAAACGGACAAUGGCCGGAGUAAGUCUGCCUGCCCCAGGAGUCCCUGCUUGGGCCCAGGAGAUCUCAGAUGCCCAGUGGGAGGAUGUGGUACAGAAGACUCUUCAGGCUCGACAGACGACCUCUACGUGGAAGUGACUACCACCGAGAACAGCCUCGUUCCUGCCCCCAUUCCAUACCUAAUACCACCUGGCCCCAAACUAUUUGUUCCUCUUCCUCCCUCCUAUUAUCACAGGCACACUGGGACUUCUCUCCAGAGAUCCACUUUAUUCAGUUCUGUACAUAUGGGGACAUCUGCCCAAGCCCAACCCACCUUAGCAUGUAACACUUCGCAGAGAAUAAAGCACCCUAUGUACACA